UUUCCGUCCGCUUGCGGCACCGACCUCGCUCCCAAUCUCGGACCGGCUCUUCGCGCGUCCCCCCCCCCCCCACCUCGGCUCCGGGUGCUGCGCUCUACCCCUUCUCGGCUCUCCCGCGGCUGGGGGAGGGGCGGGGGUCACCAUGGCCGAAGCGCCCCAGGUGGUGGAGAUUGACCCGGACUUCGAGCCGCUGCCGCGGCCGCGUUCGUGCACCUGGCCGCUGCCCAGGCCGGAGUUUAGCCAGUCCAACUCGGCCACCUCCAGCCCGGCGCCGUCGGGCAGCGCGGCCGCGAACCCCGAUGCCGCCGCGGGCCUGCCCUCGGCGGCCGCUGUCAACGCGGACUUCAUGAGCAACUUGAGCCUGCUGGAGGAGAACGGGGACUUCCAGCAGGCGCCGGGCUCCGUGGCGGCGGCCGCGGCGGCCGCGGCGGCGGUGGCGGCAGCGGCCGCGGCAGCAGCGGCUGCCACCGGGGGGCUGUGCGGGGACUUCCAGGGCCCGGAGGCGAGCUGCCUGCACUCGGCGCCGCCGCAGCCCCCGCAGCCCGGGCCGCUGUCGCAGCACCCGCCCGUGCCCCCCGCCGCUGCCGGGCCGCUCGCUGGGCAGCCGCGCAAGAGCAGCUCGUCCCGCCGCAACGCAUGGGGCAACCUGUCGUAUGCCGACCUCAUCACCAAGGCCAUCGAGAGCUCGGCGGAGAAGCGGCUCACGCUGUCGCAGAUAUACGAGUGGAUGGUCAAGAGUGUGCCCUACUUCAAGGAUAAGGGUGACAGCAACAGCUCGGCGGGCUGGAAGAAUUCAAUUCGUCAUAAUCUGUCCCUGCACAGCAAGUUCAUCCGUGUGCAGAAUGAAGGAACUGGAAAAAGUUCUUGGUGGAUGCUCAACCCAGAGGGAGGCAAGAGUGGAAAAUCGCCCAGGAGAAGAGCCGCGUCCAUGGACAACAACAGUAAGUUUUCUAAGAGCCGAGGCCGAGCCGCCAAGAAGAAAGCGUCCCUCCAAUCUGGUCCAGAGGGGGCUGGGGACAGCCCGGGGUCUCAGUUCUCCAAGUGGCCUGCCAGCCCUGGCUCUCACAGCAAUGACGACUUUGAUAACUGGAGUACCUUUCGCCCCCGAACCAGCUCCAAUGCUAGUACUAUUAGUGGGAGACUGUCCCCCAUUAUGACCGAACAGGACGACCUCGGAGACGGGGACGUGCAUUCGAUGGUGUACCCGCCAUCCGCUGCCAAGAUGGCCUCCACUCUGCCCAGCCUGUCGGAGAUAAGCAGCCCCGAGAACAUGGAGAACCUUCUGGAUAAUCUCAACCUCCUCUCGCCGCCGACGUCGCUGACUGUGUCAACCCAGUCCUCCCCCGGCAGCAUGAUGCAGCAGGCCCCGUGCUACUCGUUCGCGCCGCCCAACACCAGCCUGAAUUCGCCAAGCCCGAACUACCAGAAGUACACCUAUGGCCAGUCCAGCAUGAGCCCCCUGCCCCAGAUGUCUAUGCAGACGCUUCAGGACAGCAAACCGGGCUACGGAGGCAUCAAUCAGUACAACUGUGCACCAGGACUCCUGAAGGAGUUGCUCACUUCUGACUCCCCUCCCCACAACGACAUCAUGGCACCGGUGGAUCCUGGGGUGGCCCAGCCGAACAGCCGGGUCCUCGGCCAGAAUGUGUUGAUGGGCCCCAAUUCGGUCCUGCCCGCCUAUGGCAGCCAGGCAUCUCAUAACAAAAUGAUGAGCCCCAGCCCCCACACCCACCCCGGGCACGCCCAGCCAGCGUCCGUGGUCAAUGGGCGCGCCUUGCCCCACGCGGUAAGCGCCAUGCCCCACACUGCGGGCAUGAACCGCUUGGCCCCCGUGAAGACAGCUUUACAAGUGCCUCUGCCCCACGCCAUGCAGAUGAACACCCUCGGGGGCUACUCCUCGGGGGGCAGCUGCAAUGGCUACGGCAGGAUGGGCCUUCUCCACCAGGAGAAGCUCCCCAGUGACUUGGACGGCAUGUUCAUCGAGCGCUUGGACUGCGACAUGGAGUCCAUCAUUCGCAACGACCUCAUGGAUGGAGAUACGUUGGACUUCAACUUCGACAACGUGCUGCCCAACCAAAGCUUCCCGCACAGUGUCAAGACAACGACGCACAGCUGGGUGUCGGGCUAAGAGUGAGGUAGCGGCAGGCUACAUUUAAAAGUACUUCAGAUUGUCUGACAGCAGGAACUGAGAGAAGAAGUCCAAAGAUGUUCUGUCAUCCCAUUUUUUCGUUUUCUUGAUUUAAAAAAAAACAAAAAACCAAACAGAAAGAACGGUUUUUUUUUUCCUUUCGUCAGACUUGGCAGUGAAGACACCUUUCCCGCACAGGAUGUUUGCCCAGCGUUUGCAGGCUCCGUGCAGCGGCAGAUAAGGGCCGCACCAUUGGAGAACUCCUUACAAUCAAGUGCCAAACUCCCUGCGCCGCGUAACUGCAGAACAGACUUCGGAUCCUGGUGUGCUUUCAAGUUUUGUAUAUAAGCAGUAGCUACAGAAUUGUAUUUGUGUGUGUUUUGUUUUUUAAAUAGCCGUUUGGUCCAAGGAAAGUUUAUACUCUUUGUAAUACUGUGAUGGUCUCAUGUCCUUAAUAACUUAAACUUUGGUUUGUCCUACCUGUGUUCUGCUGAACUGACGCGUCACCCAGAGCCCAGCUCCCCACCCAGCACCUUGGGGAGCCGCCUGGGACCUGCUCAUGUGGCCACAUCACUCACGUGAGAACCAGUAACCUGUCAGCAAUCUGCUGAGUUCACGGACUUGUCAAACUCUUCGGGGGGCGGGGGGGAUAGAGUAAAUGCCAGCCUUGUACAGGUCUUUUCUAUUUUUUUUUGUUUGUUUAUUUUGUUAUUUGCAAAUUUGUACAAACAUACGAAUGGUUCUAAUUUCCAGAUAAAUGAUUUUUGAUGUUACUGUUGGGACUUGAUCAUUUUUGGAAUAGAUACUGAAAUGUAAUGCUUUCUUAAAACUAGAGUCUACUUUGUUACAGUAUGCUUGUAAAUUUAUGGGCUCCCAGAUAUUUGAGACAGCAUCCGUAAUUUUCAUUUUGUAUUCUAACUGGAUUAGUACUAAUUUUGUACGUGCUUGACUGGUUUGUACACUUGGGGAUGCUGCUUGGUGAUGUUUCUGACUAACCUUAAAAAAUCAUUGUAAUUAAUACUUGCCUAGUCAAUGUUUCUGGCCCUAUUUUGGCAGGAGAGCGAUGUAUAUAGUUAAGGACAUUUUUGCGUUUCAUGUUUUGGAGAACUUGGUAUGUUUCUAUGUAUGUAUUUUAAAGAAAUUACAUCUGCUCUUCCUCCGUGAGCUAAGCGUACGGCGUAGCAUGGAGUCUUCUCGUCUUUGCCUUUCCUCCUGGGAGCCUUGUACUGUCUGUGGGCCAGGAAGGGAGACCCCCGCCCCAAACAGUGCGCCUUUCUCAGGCUGGGGGUUUCGGUCAACAACCAUUUUAAGCUGAGCUUCACCAGAAGGCUCCCUUCCCAGUUCUGCGCUCUGUUCUGGCCUGGGUGGUGGUGGGUUCGAUAGCCUUGCCUUGACAGCGCACGUCCGUGCCCACGCUCCACCCACGUCCUUCGUCCUGCUGUCCUGCAGGUUCCGUAGCGCACUGUGCACGGGGAGUCGCGGGGGUGGGGGGGCUUUAGAAAUGGGACCUCAGUGGUUUGUGGGAGGCUUUGUGUUCUUGAGCAUAGAAGCUACCAAAUGGAAAAGGACUCCUUGAAAACCAGGGCAGUUAAUUUGAAAAUCAACAAACCAGCUGUGAGUUGUAUAUUUGAAUUUUAAAAGCCUUUGUGGAAGUUACGAAUUUCUUCAGCCUGUAGCGGCCCGGAACUGUGAUCCUGGCCAUAGCGUUUCAGUGUUUUCCAGUUCCCUGUAACCGACAGACCAAGCUCGCUGGCUCUGUGUCCCACUCACGGCAUCAGCGUUUUCAGGUCCCGGGGAGGCCCGGAGGCGGCGCGGCAGGAGCGGCAGCUGAACAGAAGUGUUCCCCCCUGCCAGCCUGAGAAGGCUCUGAUUUCUGUGUGCUUAGCCCAAACCACACUUGCUUUGUCUCGUCUGUGGAUUGCAUCUCUGUUGGCUUGAUUUUUUUCUACGUGUUUAACAAGAACAUAAGUGUCCUUGAUAGGUUGCCCCCGGGGCCAGCGGCAGGAUGCGCGUCCCUCUGUGACUCCUGCUGUGUCGGAGGUUUAUUCAACAGCCCUCUUCCUUGCUGGCCGGGCCAAAACACGCCUGGCUUCCGAAAUCCUGGUUCCUCCCAGCACUGUCCCCUGCGUAGGGAGCAGGCCUUGCCGGUGCAGGUUACCUGUGCUUG